AGGGUUUUUUUGGGGAAGUGUUAGAGCCCUAGGAGGAGUCUGGCCAGUUACUAGAAAAGCCUCAUAGAGAACCAGGUGGCUGGAAAAGGAAAAGCCUAGGGAUGGAAGUUUGCUAUUGAGGCUGUUUGUGAGGGGAUCCUGGAGGGAGAGAAGAUGUGUGGCGGAGCAAGAGGUGGUGUAAAGGCCUUGGGAAAUGCAUCAGAUGCUUGUUCAUUUUUUGGGGGGGGGGGGCAAGACCUGGGGCUUUUGUCUCAGCUUCUGGGAGUAAGCUUCCCUCUGCUCCCCUGUAGCAAGUGGGAGAAGAAAGACUGUUAUAAUUUGGAAGAGGGGGUGACCCACCAAAAGAAACUGGAUGAAGGUUUUCAACUCUUCUACGGACUCUUCAUUUAUUUGGAUUCUUCUUACACCCAAGGAGGUGGAGUCCUUUGCUUAGCUGGAGAGCGAGACUCCUACCCCUGAGAGGGAAACUGACACACAGCUGUAUCCCCUCAGAGCAAAGGGGGAGCAGAAAGGAGCGAUGAGCUGAGCUAGGAGCCGAGCCCAGGCGGAGCGGGAGCAGCUGCAGAGGGUAGGAUCCCGGCUCCGGUUGCACCGGCAGAAGCAGCGCACCGUCAGGCAGAGCCGAGCCCAGCCCCGCUGGCGGGUGGAGGAGAUCGGGACACAGCUCACGGUCAUCCCUUCCCAAGGAAGGAAACAGCUGGAGAAGCAAAGACACCGACUGACGCUGUCUUGUCAUGUAGCAGCCAAGCUUGGGCGCCAGAGGUUUUGAACUCCCAUUAUAUCUUCAGCUGCGGGGCCGGUGACUGACUCUUGGGAACUGUUCUGGGAGGCACAUUUUCGCUGGGAGGAGGAACUAGCAUUACCAGACUGAGGAGAUGAAAGGAUUUCUCUUACUCUUUUCCCUCCUCUUCCCUGGAGCACUAAUCUAAAAGGAAAGGAUACGCAGCCAGUGUUGAAACUGGACCUGGAAAAAAAUCAAAGGCAUUGAGACACAUAGUGUGUCAGGAUCUGGAAAGGCAGUAGCAUCAAUUUGGGAACACAAUUUAGCAUUUGAGGACGUUUUCACGCUUCCCAGUAAGCCCUUCCCUCACUUUAUUUUUCCCUUCUGUUUUCCCCCUCCUUCUCUCCCCUACCCCUCACUUCCCCUCUACUUUGUACUUCCACUCCCAACAAAAUAUUUUUCUGGAAAUAUAAGCCAAUUGGUGUCUGACAGCUGAAGAUAAAAGAAUAGGUGAGGGAGGAAGGGAACGAGAGCUGCCCCUUUAUCUUCACUCUCUUACAAAGAUGAGGUGCCUUCUGCAAGAGCUGACAUCUCUUCUACUGCUGGGCAUGGCCUUGGCACAGCGUCGGGUCACUGUUCAGGAAGGCCCUCUAUACCGUACUGAGGGCUCCCACAUCACCAUCUGGUGCAAGGUCAGUGGCUACCAGGGUCCCUCAGAGCAGAAUUUCCAGUGGUCCAUUUACCUGCCAUCUGCCCCAGAGCGGGAAGUGCAGAUUAUCAGCACCAUGGAUCCCUCCUUCCCUUACGCCAUCUACACCCAGCGUGUGCGGACUGGGGAGAUCUACGUAGAGAGGGUACAGGGGGACUCUGCCCUGCUGCACAUCAUGAAGCUCCAGGACCGGGACGCCGGCGAGUAUGAGUGCCACACACCCACCACUGACGAGAGGUACUUCGGGAGUUACAGCGCCAAGAUGAAACUGAUGGUUAUUCCAGACUCCUUGCGGGUGACCUCAGUUCCACAGACACUAAACAAAGUGGAGCGUGACUCUCUGGAGCUGAAAUGUGAGGUGUCUAAGAGUACAGCCCAACACAGUCACCUCUCCAUCUCCUGGUACCGCCAGAAAGUGGGUGAGCCUCCAGUGGAAGUGAUCUCCCUGAGCCGCGACUUCGUCCUGCGGGCGGGCAGCACCUACGCGCAGAGGCAGGCCACCGGCGGUGUCCGCCUAGACAAGGUGGGAGAGACCACCUCCAAGCUCACUGUCUACAACCUCCAGCCAUCGGACCAGGGCGAGUUCUACUGCGAGGCAGCUGAGUGGAUCCAGGACCCUGACAAGUCCUGGUACGCCAUGACCCGCAAGCGCUCCGAGGGCACCACCAUCAACAUCCAAGCCACUGAUAAGGAGUUCAGUGUCCGGUUGGAGACAGAGAAGCGGACGUACACAGUGGGUGAGCCUGUGGAGUUCCGGUGUAUCUUGGAGGCACAGAACAUCCCAGAACGCUACUUCUCCAUCUCGUGGGCCUUCAACAGCUCCCUGAUUGCCAGCCUGGGGCCCAACGCCGUGCCCGUCCUCAACAGUGACUUUGCCCAGCGCGAGGCACUGGGGCAGCUCAAGGUAGCCAAGGAGAGCGACAAUGUCUUUGUUCUAAAGAUCUACCGCCUCCGCCUGGAGGACAGCGGCAAAUACAACUGCCGGGUGACGGAGCGGGAGAAGACGGUGACGGGGGACUUCAUUGACAAGGAGAGCAAGCGGCCAAAGAACACGCCCAUCACGGUCUUGCCCCUCAAGACCAGCAUCUCCGUGGAGAUGACCAACAAUGCCAGCAAUGUCCUAGAGGGGGAGAGCCUGCGCUUUGGCUGCAGUGUGCGCUCGGGAUUUGGGCCCCAAAGCCAUCUCUCUGUCACCUGGCAACUUGUGGACAAGCAGAACAGGCGCAGUGAUGUUGUGCGGCUGGAUCGGGAUGGCACGCUGCAGCCGGGUCCCUCUUACUCAGAACGUAGCAGCUAUGGGGGCAUCCAGAUGGAGCAGGUGCGGCCUGGCUCCUUCACCCUGGAGAUCUUCAACAGUGUCAAGGCAGAUGAGGGCCACUAUGAGUGCCGUGUGACUGAGUGGACACGGACGCAAGAUGGGGAGUGGCAGAUGAUUGGGGAGCGGCACGCUAGCAUGCCCGUAUCCAUCACUGCUCUGGAGGCUGGUUUUGCUGUCACAGCCAUAUCCCGAACCCCAGGAGUGACCUACAAUGAAUCAUUUGACCUCCAGUGUAUCAUCAAGCCGCACUAUCCGUCCUGGGUCCCAGUGUCUGUGACAUGGCGCUUCCAGCCAGCGGGCAGCACAGAAUUCCAUGACCUGGUCACCUUCACUCGGGAUGGUGGGGUCCAGUGGGGAGACAGGUAUAUGGGCUUCCGGACCCGCACUGCCAUUGAAAAAGCAGAGUCCAGCAACAACGUGCGCCUCAGCAUCAGCCGGGCCAGUGACACUGAGGCCGGCAAGUACCAGUGUGUGGCCGAGUUGUGGCGGAAGAACUACAACAGCAGUUGGACACGACUGGCAGACAGAACCUCCAACCUACUAGAGAUCCGGGUCCUGCGGCCAGUGACCAAGCUACAGGUCAGCAAAUCAAAGCGGAGCAUCACCCUGGUGGAGAACAGGCCCAUCCCCCUGAACUGCUCCGUGAAAUCGCAGACCAGCCCGGACUCUCACUUUGCUGUGCUGUGGUAUGUCCACAAGCCAUCCGACGCUGAUGGCAAGCUCAUCCUGAAGACAACCCACAGCUCUGCUUUCGAGUACGGCACCUACGCCGAGGAGGAGGGGCUACGGGGGAGGCUGCAGUUCGAGCGGUCCUCCUCUGGAGGGCUCUUCAGCCUUACCGUCCAGCGGGCAGAGGUCAGUGACAGCGGCAGCUACUACUGCCAUGUGGAGGAGUGGCUGCUCAGCCCCAACCAUGCCUGGUACAAGCUGGCGGAGGAGGUGUCUGGGCGAACUGAGGUCACCGUCAAGCAGCCAGACAAUCGUCUGCAGGUGAGCCAGACCCAGAAGAACCUCACAGUUCUGGAGAACGAGUGGGUGACACUGGAGUGCGCAGUCACGAACCGGACCAGCCCUGCUUCGCAGCUGUCGGUGGAAUGGUACGUGUGGAAAUCUGGCCACCCAGAGAAAGAGGCAGUGGCACGGCUGAGCCGCCAGGCCACUCUGCAGUACGGAGACCUGGCAACACUGAGCGACCUGAAGGGCAGGCUACAUUUGGAGAGCCCUUCCCCGGGCCUGUACCUGCUCACCCUCCAGAACGUGAUGGUGCAAGACAGCGGAGCCUAUGACUGCCGCGUCGAGGAGUGGCUCUUGAAUCCCAGCAAUCAGUGGUACAAACGGGCAGAAGACCUCUCUGGGCUGACUACUGUCACCGUGAAACAGCCAGAUCCCACCUUGCAGGUGGAUACCACCAUCUCCAACCUCACGGUGCUGGAGAAGGAGCCCUUCCCGCUGGACUGCAGCAUUCUGUCACGCUCCAGCCAAGAGUCCCGCUUCGCUGUGACCUGGUACAACCUGAGGAUGAAAGAGGGAGGAGGCCAGGUUAGCCGUGGCACGGAGGAAGAGGAGGAGAGGGAGGCCCUGCUAAGCGUGGGCCUAGAUGCAACGUUUGGCCAAGAGGCAGGUCGCUUUGAAGGCAGGCUGCGCUUCCAGAGGCUCUCCUCCGUGCUCUACCGACUGACGGUGCUGCAGGCAGGCGCUGCUGAUGCUGGCAACUACUCGUGCCGUGUGGAGGAGUGGCUCCCUGACCCCAAGGGGGUGUGGUACAGGCUGGCUGAGGAGGAGUCCGGCAUUGUCACUAUUCACGUGCAGGAUACAGGCUCCACUCUGCAGUCCAUCAUCUGCUCCAACGAUGCCCUCUUCUACUUCGUGUUCUUUUACCCCUUCCCCAUCUUCGGCAUCCUGAUCAUCACCAUCCUACUGGUGCGAUUCAAGAGCAGGAACUCCAGCAAAAACUCAGAGGGUAAAAAUGGGGUCCCUUUGCUGUGGAUCAAAGAGCCGCACCUCAACUAUUCUCCCACCUGCCUGGAACCGCCCGUCCUCAGCAUCCACCCAGGGACUAUAGACUAAAGGGGAGAAGCUGAGACCAACCCACAGAGAGAGAGACAGAGGCAAAGACACACCUGGAACCCAAAGGAAUGGAGAGGUUUUGAUGUUCUUGUUUAGUUUGUUUCAGCAUCUGUUCUUCGACUCCACGACUGAGCCCUUCAGAGUUCCCCAACUCUGGGAUUGGAGGGUCCGAGUCUUCCUCAAGCACCUGUGAUAACAAAACUAGUCCAGAGAUGGAUGGACAGUCCACGUGCUUGCUGUACAUAGUGGAUUUUCCUCUUGGGUUCAUUGUGUUCUCAUCAGUAGUUGUCCUUUGGACUGUGCUUUUGUUACCCAAUGACUGUCGUCUUCCCCUCCCCGUCGCACCAUGAGCAGUUUCAUUCGGCGCUCUGGUCUGGGUGUUCUGGGGCUCUUUUUGGAGUAAAAGUAUUCAUUUCCUGAAAUCAGUUUUGUUUGUCCCUCCUUGGACUUCAUGUUGUAGUGAACAAAAUCUUUCCCCAAGGUGAACUGAGCCAGCUGCUUACUAUUCUGAAGUGAACAGACCAGAACUGCGCUUUGAGGGCAGCUGGGUUUCGGCGAGGUCCAUCUCGAAGAUGAGGCUAGUUCAGCCACUUCUGCAUCCCAAACGUUUCUCCUUUCUUUGAGGAUUUAGCAUGUAUGCGGGGCUUCAUUUGGGAGGUGUCGUCUUGUCCUUGGACAGGAUUGGACGCUCGGGCCACUUGCAGUCAGGACUAAAGCAGCCUGGUUUGAUCCAAAGGACUGUGUGCGCCUGGGGCCAUGGGACACUCUGGCCCUGCCACUAGCAAGGAGAAGACUCCCCAGAAAGCCCAGCUUACCAGGGACAAAACCCACCUGGUUUUACUAAACCGUGCUGCCAUUCUCUCAGAAGUGGCAGGGUUGAGGCUGGGCUGCCUGCGUGCUCCAGUCACGUGGGGCCAGACGGCUGGAUCCAACCUCGUCAGCUUGACCAAAGUAAUGACUUUAGGAAGCGGGGGAGAGGGAGGCUCCAUUGACUGGGAUUAAUUAUAUUUGAAUUAUUCUGCAAGGGUGGUAUGUUACAGCCACACACUGGGCAAUGGGAGUGUGGAAUUAAUGACCAGGUUUCAUGUUGUUUCCAAGGACUUGCACUAAUUACCAAUGUGAGUUGAAACCAGGCAAGGAGGCUGCUGGAGGGAUUUGCUCCCCGGGUGCUACUAUGCCCUCUGGAAAGAAACCAAUCCUCUCUCCCUUCUCUUGUGUGUUUUUGUGCCAUUUUCUGUUGUUUUGGCUUUAUUUCUCUAAGAGAACAGCCCUUUUCCCCGCAACCCCCCAAAGACACCUGAUCUUUAUUGUAAGCAAGUGCUGGGGCAGUAAGUGCUGUUCUUUCCGUGAAAGAUACAGUGGUUAAAAACCAAAUGGGGGCUCUGUAUAAUUGGAGGACCCGAAUUCCACUACCCAGUAAGCCAAGUACCCCAGCAAAUCUGGUGUAGGAAACUGCCUCCUCUGACACUUCCUUGGCGUAUGUCGGGGGGAAGAGGUGGAACAAUGGCCUAAAAUGGCCUUUCACUGUCUUCCUUGAUGUCUUCCUGGAAAACCUGGCCAUUGUUUGUCUUUUGUGGAGUGGCUAAAUCCAAGUGGGGAUAUACCACACGCCCUCUUUCCCCUUCCCCAUGUGUCUGUGAGGGGCCAUUCCCGCAGCCUCUGCCCUCUCCAAGCCAAUAGGACUAUCCUUCCUCAAGAGAGAAGGAGCUGGCGGGUCCAUGAUAGAGCAGCCCUGCUCGGAGAACUCUGCAGGGCCAGUAGGUUAAACCAUGAUGCUCUGAUGUUUCAGUGCAAGUGAAGAGCCCGCACAGAAAUCUACACCAUGUAGAAUCUUUCCAUAGAUGGAGGAGAGGGGGUGUGUGUCUAUACUACAUACGUGUGCAUAAAAGCCUCACUCCACUGGAGGGAGAGUCCACCUAACGUUAGUUUUAAGACAUCCCUUUCCUUAUGAGGAAGGAAUUUGCUGUCUCUCCCUCCAUCAAAUUGUUACUGCUUAGCAGCCCCUCUGUAUGUAUAAUAUUGCUCUCUAAUAGACACUCAGACACUCCUCCCCCUUGGAUAUCCGGAGGGUCUGCUCAGAAGGGAGGAUUGAAAUGCGAAUGGAAAUGAAGAACCAACCAAAAAACCCCAAACAAACAGCAGCCCCAAAGCCAGUGGGUAUUGUUUUAUAAAUGUAAAAUCUCCUGUACAUACUGCUUCAGGGCAGGAAGUGCAACUCAUUUCAGUUUUAAAAGGAAAAAAAGACACCAACAGGAGCCUUUCCUGCCCUAAGAGAACAUUGCUCCUCAGCUGUGCACUGGAACUCUGCUGUAUUGACCCAGUAGCCUCUACAUCUCUCUCCAUCCUUUCUGACUAGCGUUGCUUCCCUCUUUCCAUGGAAAGCUGUUCCGCAGUGCCCUCCAGUGGCCAGAAACAUUCCCUUCCACAGCUUGCCUCUCUUAAGCAGAUGCAUUCCUGAGGGCCAUUAGAUGGGAUUUCCCUCUAAGCAGCGUUUGUGGUUACACGAGUUUACCUGGAAUAUGACUUAUCAGUUGUGCUGGCAACAUAUUGCCCAGCCUCACUUUUUUUUUGUAUAAACUAGACUCUUCUUGCAACAACUUUUAUCAUGAAGUUUUUCAAACAACUUUUUCUCUGCUUUAACUUUCUGUAAUGAGCCAAGAAGCAAAGAGAAAAACCUGUCCAUGCAUGAUGUGGAAAACUGGGAUUUUUUUUUUAAAGGAGCUUUGUACUAUGUUGCACUAAACAUGUUUUAUACAACACACCUGAGAGCUGUAGUAAACUGUGUUGAAAUCGUGA